AUAGCACAGUUUCAUUUCCUUGGGGUGAAACCGGUCCAUCUGUCCGGCCUCCGGUUGGUGAAGCCGAAACCCGGUGUGUAAAGGUCAGGAACCGCCGAACCCUCCAGGACCCGGACCCGGACAAGAACCGCUACGGAACCAGGAGGAACCUUUGAACGGAGGGACCGGUUUUCCCACGGACCACUGUGACACCGGGACCGUAAAUACACCGUCGUAUCUUCAGUCAGGAGGAACCGAUGAGGACUUAACGGACCCGGUUCUUCAUCCACUUCAAUGAAACACCGGCUGUCCUCCUUCACUCAGCAGGUGUUCGGUUCGCAGGUUCCGGUGUCAGACAGAGACUAGAGGCGGGGAUGGGUUCGUGUCGGCGGGCGGAACUCAGCGGGCUGCUGUGUUCCGUGUCCCUGCUGUGUGUCCUCCUGGACCUCCAGCUGGACGGUGUCCUGGGGGCGACUCAUGUGGAGAUCGAGCACCACUUGGAGAUGGGCCGUAAGCUGCUGGCGGCGGGUCAGCUGGCCGAGGCGCUGUCCCACUACCACUCUGCAGUGGAGGGAGACUCCAAGAACUACCUGACCUACUACAAGAGGGCAGCGGUGUUCCUGGCCAUGGGCAAGUCCAAGUCGGCCCUCCCAGACCUGACCCGGGCCAUCCAGCUCAAACCGGACUUCCUGGCCGCCCGGUUGCAAAGAGGGAAUAUCCUCAUGAAACAGGGCAACACCCAGGAGGCCAGGGAGGACUUCGAAGCAGUGCUGCAGCGUUCGCCCGACCACGAGGAGGCGCAGGAGCAGCUGCUGAAGGCCAACGAGCUGGAGGAGCUGCAGGAGGAGGCCCACGCCGCCUACCACCAAGGAGACUACAGCGCCACCAUCAGCGUGUUGGAGAGGGUCAUAGAGAUUUCUCCGUGGGAUCCCGAGUCGCGGGAGCUUCGAGCCGACUGUUACAUCCGAAUGGGAGAUCCGCAGAAGGCCAUCCAGGACCUGACGCCGACCACGAGGCUACGCAACGACAACCGCGCCGCCUUCCUCAAACUGAGCAUGCUCCACUACAGCCUCGGAGAACACCACGAAUCACUAAACCACAUCAGGGAGUGUCUGAAACUGGACCAGGACGAUAAGGAGUGUUUCAGCCACUACAAACAGGUGAAGAAGCUGAGCAAACAGCUGGACGUGGCUGAGGAGCUGAUCCAGGAGGACAGGUAUCAGGAGGCCAUCGAUAAAUAUGAGUCGGUGAUGAAGACGGAGCCCAGUGUCCAGUUUUACACCAACUUGGCCAAAGAGAGGAUCUGCUUCUGCCUCGUCAAGGUGAAACUGGCUCUGGAGGCCAUAGACGUGUGUUCAGAAGCCCACCAGAGAGACCCCCGCAACGCCAACGUCCUCCGAGAUCGAGCAGAGGCUUAUAUACUCAACCAAGAAUACGAGAAAGCGGUUCAAGACUAUCAAGAGGCGAGAGAGUUCGACGGCGACAGCAACGAUAUUCGGGAAGGACUGGAAAGAGCUCAGAAACUACUGAAAAUCUCCCGUAAGAGGGAUUACUAUAAGAUCCUCGGUGUCAACAGAAACGCCAAUAAGCAGGAGAUCAUCAAAGCGUACAGGAAGUUGGCGCAGCAGUGGCAUCCUGAUAACUUCCAAUCAGAAGCUGAGAAAAAGGAAGCAGAGAAGAAAUUUAUUGACAUCGCAUCAGCUAAAGAGGUUCUCACAGACCCAGAAAUGAGGCAGAAGUUUGACGCUGGCGAGGAUCCUCUGGACCCGGAGAACCAGCAGGGGGGUGGCGGCGGCGGACACGGGGGGCACGGGUGGCCCUUCCACUUCAACCCCUUCGAGUCUGGAAGCUUCCACUUUAAGUUCCAGUACAACUAGACAAGAACACGAGGAAGACGAGGAAGACGAGGGGGAAGAGGAGGACUGUCCGGACGUUUGGAAGGACAAGUGUUGGAAUCUUUUGCAGACCUUGUGCUUCAGCGUGGACACCGUUUGUGGUUUUUGAACCUUUUUAAUGCGAUCUCUGCAACUUCCUACCAAUAAACCCGAAGACCGGACGUGGUUCUGGUCCGUAGUUUGACUGAGGUUGAACAGACUCCAGUCCUGCUUCGGUUCCGUGGAUGUGGGACUGGUUCUGUUUGGGCUUUUUCUGCUCUUAUUACUCAUCUGUUUCUUUGUGCCAUUCUUUCAGCUUUCAUGGAGGGACUCUGGGUCCCCGGCGUCGGACGAUGCUUUUUCAGGCCAAGUCGGUUUCUGCUCGCAGUAUUCUUUAAAGUCAAAGAAUAAACCGUAAAUGCAAUAUGUUUACUGAUCUUCAUAUAUUUUGACCGUGUCAAACGUUCCCUGUAGCGGAGAUCCAACCUUUUUUUCUAUAUGAAGACAUUUUGUGAAGUUCUUCUGGACGUAGGUGAGACUCAAACCCGAAACCAGAUGGAUCUUAAAUCAGCGCCGCCUCCCAUUGUUUUGCUUUAAAUGUUCAUUUUUUUUAUGGCUGUGUAACGGUUCAAUGUGGAAGAUUUACGUUUGUGUUGGAUUUUGUUUUACGCUGAAGUCGGUUGUUUGUCGACGUUAGCUAACUCUAAGCUAACAACUGUUACAGUUUCCUUCAUCCACAGUAAGACACAAAACCUUUAAAUGUUACAAAUACAAGCUCUGACAGUAGCUAAAGGUUCAAUAAGUAAGAUCUAAUCGAGUUCAUACAGAAUAUUUGUUUUGGAAUCUGGUUUAUGCUAACACUCACUGGUAGCUAAUGGCUAACUCCAUCUCAGAGCUAGAAGAGCAGAAGAUAGUGGAGAAUUUGGGCCGAACAUAAGGAUUUUUGUACAAAAAACCCCAACCAUAAACAAACUUAAUCUAGAAUUAAAAUUUUUUAGCCUAUUUCCACAUAAUCUUAUAUUAUUAAAGAAGUUUAAUUCAUGUUAAUGUUAAAGCUACAGGAGUUAUAACCGGAAAAAAAACUACUUCUGCAGGUCGGUCCAGUCAUCAAAGACUAGAUGUAAAUCUAGAUAUCCUGAAUAAUGAUCAGUUUUUCCAACAGUCAGUAUCAUUUCUAUUUAUGUAAUUUAUUUAUUUGUUUAUUUGGUUGGUAGUGCACGUUAAUGCACAUCUGUAUUGAGUCAACAGCAGAUUUAAGUAGAUCGGAUUUAAGCUAAAAUGUUCAUUUGUGUCUGUAGUCCCUCAAUGGACAACAAAAAAAUCCAUCAUAAUUAAAAUAAAUAUGACAAUAACAGUACAACACUUAUAAAAUUCUGACUCUAAAAACACCUGAAAUUGACCAAAAUAUUGCUUUCAGUUUGUCAAAAAAUGAAAAAAGAACGACUGCAGCUUAAAUGUGACAAAAUCAGUGCAUUUAGAUGGAGUUAACAGACUCAAAUAACGCCACAACUACAAUUAUCAGAACAUAUGGUUCAAUUACGGCUGCCGACUCCUCUGUGGGCCGUGAUCCAGAGUUUGGAAACAGAUAAGAUGAAGGAAACGGGUUUAAGUUUGUCUUCUAGAUGAGUUUGUUAACGUCGACACAUGAAUCUGACACACUGAACCUUUCAUUGGAUCAAUGUGUGAAUUCUGCUUUUGAGUUGCAGUAUUUAAUAUUUCCAACUGACUUUUUAUCCAGCAAACAUGGAUGUAACUGAAAAACCAGUGGAUAUUUAUGGGGGAAUGUUUCAGCUGAUACUGGUCGGGUUAUUUUCUGUCAUUUCGAGGCAUGACUUUAAAACGUGCACUUUUGUCCAUUUUCUCGCUCCUGUGCAGACACUCCAGGUUCUCCACUCCUGAAACGUCUGGAGGUCAAAGUUCAAUGUUACUGAUACAGUUCAUGAGCUCCAGACGCUCUGUGUAUUUAGAUAUUAACCCUCCGGUAUCCGGGUGAGCGUAUUAUGCACACUUUGCACUUCAUGUUAUAAAACAUGAUAUUAUUUUUCACAAUUUGUAUUUUGUCAGAAUUCAAAAGUUGUUCAUUUUUGCUUGAUUUUUAAAAUUCUGACCCAGACACUCAAAUUAGCAGAUUAUAAACAAACCUUCCCCAAAGUGAGUAAAAAAAAUGCACAUUUUAGCAUUUAAUAUUUGACCUAGCACAAAAAAAUAAAAAUGCAUAUUAACCAAUGUUGCUAUUAAUCAUUGAUAUAUGACUGGAUGGGGAAAAAAAACAAAAAAACAAAUCAAAUUUUAAUGUAGCAUAUUGAUAUUUUGUUUUUUGCAUAAAAAAAUACGGUUUACAUUACAAAUAUGGCAUUUAAAAUGUUUAAAAAAUAUGACAGUUAUUGAGAAUUUGGUAUUUUUGUUCAUGGCUCAAGUUGAUGAAAUACAAAAACAAUGUAAAAACUUAAAAACUGUAUAAAAAAAAAACUAAUCUAAAUUUUUUACAUGACCUCAACACUGUGCAUAUUAUGCGCUUUAGGUGGUUGAAGGACCUCUAUGUGUCGAUACCAGAGGGUUAAUGAUCUAAUGAAGAGUCAAAUGAAACCAAAGUGCAACAUUAAUUGCGUCUCCAGUUUUACGACUCUCAUUGGGACUUUUUGCGAAGAAUGUUGUAACUUUGACUCUUGUUCCUGUGAACCCAGGUCUUCAGUCGACUCACGGGUUUGGUUUCGGAGGCUUUUACGCCGUUCGUGGCAUCGAUUGUUCUGUUGCCGACCGAACCAGUCGACUAAAAUGGAUUAAACUGUUGAAGCAAC